AUGUUUACAACAAAUCAACCACGUAACAAUAUUGUUUGUACACAACUCAUAAGACAAGUUAACAAUAUUCGACACAAGAUUGAUAUUAACGCGUACCGUGCUAUUCAACCUUUGAGCAAUGACCAUGGGAUCAGUUUUCUUCCGAUCCGGUCGUCAGACAUAGAUUUACACGGUCUCCAGUGCAUGCAUCACGGCACUACUGUGGUUCAUUGGGAGGAAGAUGGAUCCAGGUCUUCCCUCUGUUUUCUCAAGCUGGAGAGGAGCAACGCUACUCUCACUUGGAGCAAGACUGGCUGGAGCGCUUUAAAGGGAAGCAACUACCAGGAUUAUUCCCUGACCACGAAUAUUGAGGAGUUGGUGCCACCUGGUGUGGUUCUGAAGAAUGAAAACAACGACAUCGUAUUUAACGGCCUCGAAGAGGGAUAUCUCGAACUUCAGUGCAUUAAAGAGAUACGCCUCGGAGAAGGUGCUGUCGACGUGGCAACGACAGUAUCACGACGACACGGUCUGGAGGAAAUGGAUGCUGACAGUUGUUGUCUCAAACUCAUCUUCGGGGCCAGUUUGUCCGAUAACCGCUCUGUCGAAUUUAUAGCGCCCCCUAUGGUUGCCGAAAUUUGGGCUCGUGGAUUAUCGCAAAUCGUGGCCCUUCAUAGAAGACAGCAACAAAUGUGUGACCGGAGGAUCCAGUGGGUCAAAGAAAAAUACCUACAAUUAUUCUUCAACGAACAAUCUUGUUUUGGUCCUACUCCAGCAGAAGCUAUAAAG